AUGGCUGCUAUACGAUGCCAUCCUAUCGAGGAGAAGCAUUUGCCUCGUCGAUGGCCUUUAGCUACAACUAAUUCGCAGGGCGCCGGAAAUGCACAGUACGAAGAGUGGCUUACCGUUUGGUCGGGGGAACUUUGCCACGGGGAGAAGUUUUUUUCCAUGGAAGCCGCUCAGAAAUUGGUGCUGGACGCCGAAUAUGUAGCCGCAGAAGCUCCGGAUCGAUGUGUAGAACCCUCCCUCUCGUACAGAAAAUUGAACUAUCUCCACGAAAUCAGACACGUGAUUGGUGUUGAAAAUUCCUGUGGCGCGAGUCUCUACCGAUGGUUCGAAGGAGUAGGUGGAAAUGUCAGUAGUCCGUUCAACCGUAAAGACAUAGCUCUUGAAAUUACCCUCUGUUACACUGAGAAGUUUGCUAAGCAAGCUGAGAAGAAGAAGAAGAACAAGGGCGAGACUGAAUUCUUUGAGGCAGAAAAAGAGUGGUUCACAAGUGGGAGCCCCAAUAAGUUGCACUCUGCUCCGUCUCAGUCGCAGGCAGCCCAGGGCAGGGUGCGUAAGAUAGCGAGGUGGAACCAACUAGAGUACAAAGUAUUCAUCGAUACCUGCGAAUUAGUUGUAGCUAAAGGCCAUCGACGAGGCAAAUGCUUCUCCUCGAUAGGAUGGCAUCAUAUAGCAGCCAUGUUCAAUACCUCUACGGGGAAGGAUUGGACUGUAUCGCAGAUGAAGAACUAUUGGAAUAAAUUGAGAACGGAUCACAAAUGCCUAUUCUAG